AUGUCAGGUGUCUUGGAAAUUUGUUUUAACGGGACUGGAAGUCCGGCGUCUCCAAGUGCUAUUGCUGCUAAAGAACUUUGCAACGCCAACCUGUAUGACCCCUACGACAAGGAAUUUGAGGAGCUUCUCUACAAAUGCCUUACAAAAGCCCCGCUAGAAGCGCUGGAACAAAUUGAUCUGAAACAGGAGAAAAAUUGGGUUUUGUUUGCUGAUGGGUACUACUUUCCCAAAUCUGGUCACGAAUCCAUGGAUAGAUCAAGCCGUGGACAUGAAUUUCUCAUCGGCCUUACCACUGGCGAGUGGGCAUUUUUUGAAAAUCUUUUUGCGAAAUACAUGGGCAGGACGGAUUACUCUAGCGCUAGAUUUCGCAAAACUAUCACUGCCUACAUGGGGAUUUCCGACGACCGGCUUGAUACUUUGGAGAACUUUUACACUCAAAAGUACGAUCCAAAACUGUAUUCGACGCGAACAAUAACCAGUGAGACAGUGAUUACAGCCGAGCAAUGGUUUUGGUUUGAAGUCGUGGUCAACUCAAUGACCGACCUUGUCUUUCAUGUUCCCAUAGUCAGCGAAGUCGAAAAGCUAAGGAAUGCUAGGGUGCCUCCUUCGUUGUUUGUUUACACCUAUAACGCGACUUUGGCGGCCCGAUCUUGGGAUGAGAAUCGGCACGCAUCGCAUUCUGAUGAGCUCCCAUGGCUUUUUGGAGAUUUGAAAAAAAUCAUAACGGAAUCUCCGGGCUACCGAAAGGUUUUGCUCUUUUUUGCCAAAAACGGGCAGCUUGGGAACUUUGCAACCACCGGCAUUGUUGACGAUUCUCGACCGAAUAACACAGUUUUAUUUGAAAAUGUUUUUUACUACCAUGAAGCCAACGGCAUUGACGGAUUUUGCCCUAGAGCUCGAGAUUUAAUGCAAACACUUGGAAUUAGCAAAAACGAAAGCCAGGGACCGAAAAGGGAGUUUGAUUGCGGCAAAACGAGUGUGGACCCAAUUUCGUGGAACUUCGGCUCAAGAAAGCUCAAGAUCCAUCAAGGAGUAGAUUCUAGAGAUUCCAGCUACCCCUAUUUUGUUCGUGUGGAACACGUGGAUGAGACAACUAAUCUGAAGACCAAUUGCGGCGGAUCCUACAUUGCUCCAAAAUGGGUUAUGACGGCGGCAAGCUGCGUCCGAAAAAACGUCCGGUGGUACUACUAUUUGAGUUACAGGUUCAGGCAAGGCAAUAAAGUCGAGAUACAAGCUCAAAGUCAAACGGCUCGCGUUUGGGAACAUGGUGACGUCGCUCUUUUAGAGCUGGAAACGGAUAUUGACACCAGUGAUGAUUUCGGAAGGCGAGUAUGUCUCGAAGCUAGAGGCUUGACACUGAAAGAACCGAUGAUUGCUUUUGGAAUGGGAGACGGAGAAAAAGCCAAAGUACAAGAGGCCGUUUUACGCGCUGACUGUCUUGAUGAGCAAGACACCUUCUGUGGUCGCGGAAAGGCCACUACCAAGGCAAAUGUCCUU